AUGGCGCUGGUGGGUGCCAUCGUGUCGGUCGUGGCGUCGUUCUGCCUGUUCCUGCUGAAGCCGCCCGCCAUGGAGGAGCUCGGCCACAAGCGACCCCUCCUGCACGACAACGACUACAAUGCGGGCAGGCCGCCGGAGCACCACGGCAGCUGUUGGGUUGCCAUUACGCAGCCUCCUUACCUUGCGCGGGUGCUGACGUCGCCGGUGCCGGAGGAGAAGGCGCGCCUGACGCACGAAGCCAACGAGCGGUGGCGCACGCAGGCCAUCACCGACCUGGGCGACAUCGCACCGCCUCUCCAGCCCGCGCGACCACCCACACCCGAACUGCGGGACAAGCGCAACAUGCCCGGCGCCAAAGAACUGAACGUGCCAUUGCCGAUCUAUCUCCUACACUCGUUGGCACACAUCGAGUUGAACGCGGUCGAUCUCGGGUGGGACCUCAUCCUGCGGUUCAGGCACGAGAACAUGCCUACGGAGUUCUACACAGACUGGGUGUCGGUGCUGAGCGACGAGGCGCGCCAUUUCGGAUUGCUGUCCUCGCGUCUCGUUGCGCUUGGCUACCACUACGGCGUGAUUCCCGCACACGACUCGCUCCUGCGCGAUGGCGAGACCACCGGACACAACCUGAAAGCGAGACUUGCGACGCACGGCUUGGAUUCGUGGGAGCGGCUGGUGCAGCGAUUCAACUCCAACGCUGACAAGGAGAGCGGUCGGAUCGUAGACACCAUCUGCCGCGAGGAGAUCGACCACGUCAAGAAGGGCCUCAAGUGGUUCCGAUAUCUGUGCGAGCGGGACGACGAGGACCCGGAGACCGCGUUCCAGGCCAUCGUGCACCAAACGCAAAUCCCGGUAUGUGCCACUACAGCGUAUGCGGAAGCAUCCACCACGAGUCAAGAAGCACCAGGCCAGGAAGGCCACUACCACAGCACAGCACGAUACCCCGCAUUCCUCAAAUAG